AUGAGGGGAAUCGUUUUUGCAUUGCUCCUCACCUUUGUGGGGUGCCAGAAAAAUGAUCCUGUGCCAAGGUUUGCUGAUACCAAAGGCUACCUGUACAGCUACAAGGGACUCAUUUUGAACGGAUUUGAAAAGGGCACUUCAGCAAAGAGUGGUUUAAAAAUGACAUGUCAAGUAAAGAUCAGCAGAGUGUCCCAGGAACUUCAUGUUCUUAAGGUGCUCUCUCCUCAGUUGGAAGACUUCAAUGGUAUCUGGCGCAAGGAUCCUUUCACCAAAGCAUCAAGAGUCACUGAGAGGAUUGGUCUAUGUUUUACCCGAGUAUAUACGUUUGAAUACAAAAAAGGUCAAAUCAUAAACAUUCAUGCCCCUGAAGAUGUCUCUGUUAUGUGUGUAAAUAUAAUAAGGGGCAUCCUGAAUUUGCUGCAGCUGACCAUAGAGGAAUCACAGAAUGUGUAUGAACUUCAAGAGGUAGGAAUCAAAGGCACUUGCCUCACCAAGUACUUUAUCCAGAAAGACAAGAACAAGAACAAAUUCACUGUUUCCCGAACCAAAGACCUCCAGAACUGCACAGCUGAAGUUGUGAAAAAUAUUGGAAUGGCCUAUAUCAGGCCCUGUCCAACAUGUCCAGUGAUUACUACAAACACGAGAAGGACUGUGACAUUCAACUACAACUUGAAAUAUACAGAUACCGGAGCACUGAUCACACACGUUGAAUCGCAGGAGGUUCAUGAGAUGUCCCCAUUCAAUGACCUUAGUAGUACUACUGUUAUGCAGGCAAAACAAAAGCUGACUUUGAUCGAAACUGAAGCCAACCAGGAAAGAGUUCCAGAGUUUCUGCUGAAAAACCAUGGGAAUCUUCAUUAUGAGUUUCCAGAAGACCUGCCCCAGAUGGCUACGCACCUCAUAAACACACAGAGUCCAGAGUUGAGGAUUGUGGAAACUUUAGAGCAGUUAAUCCAUCAUAAUUGGCUGCAAGUCUACAAAGAAAUUCCAGCGAAGUUCCUGGAACUUGUUGAACUUUGUCGAGCAGCGACUCAGGAAGAUCUUGCAUCUGUUUGGAAGCAAUUUGCAAACAGGCGACCAUACCGGCAUUGGCUACUGAGCGCAGUGACUGCGGCAGGGACUAGAAGCACAUUUCUGUUCCUGAAGCAAGGAAUUCACAAUGAAGACUUUGGUAUCUUGGAGUCAACGAUAACUCUUACCUUGGCUUUGCAUUUAACAAAAACGGACAAGGUUACCUUGGAAGCAGCAGCAGAUCUAAUGACCUGCCCUGCAAUCCAGAAGUCGCCAAUCCUUCGCAAACUUACUUACUUAGGAUUUGGUUCCAUGGUAAAUCGUCACUGUUCUGUCUCUUCACAAUGUUCUGCUGAAAUACUUCAGCCUCUGCAUGACCUUGCCAUGGCAGCCGAUGUAAGCCAUGAAGAAGACAUGAGCUUGGCUUUGAAAGCCAUUGGCAAUGCUGGAGAACCAGCCAGCCUCAACUACAUCAAGAAGUUUCUGCCCGGGUUUUCACUUGCUGCUAAGUCUUUGCCGGAGAAAUUGCAGAUGAAUGCAGUGCUGGCCUUGAGGAAAAUAGCAAGGAAAAAAGCUACAACUGUAAGGAAAAUGGUUUUUCAGAUCAUGGCGAACGAUACUAUCUCUCCGCAAGUCCGAAUGGUAGCUUGCAUUGUUUUCUUCGAAACCAAGCCUAGCCUUCUUCUAGUGACAGCCGCAGCUAGUGUUGCACAAAGGGACAGCAGCUUACAAUUUGCCAGUUUUGUGACUUCCCACAUGAAGGCUUUGGCUAUGGGCAGGAUUCCGCAGCUCGAAUAUCUGUCUGCUGCUUGCAAUAUAGCCCUUAAGAUGCUUAGUCGGAGGCUAGAGGACCUGGGCUUCCGUUACAGCAAGGUUUUCCACAGUGACACGUACAUUUUGGACUGGAGGGUUGGUGCACUUGGAAGGCUCUAUGUGAUGAACAGCCCAAGAACCCUGUUCCAAGCUCUCAUUGCAAAACUAAGAGGCUUCUACGCUAGGUCUGCAAUGGAUAUUGUAGAGGUUGGACUCUAUCUAGAAGGUUUGACUGAUUUCCUUAAAAGACAAGAUCUUCAGUUUUUCCAGGACUUGACAUACAAAAAAUUAAAGGAGCUUGCGAAAUUGCUUCAGCAAUGGAAGGAACAGCCUUCAGAAAAGCCCAUGGUAUCAGGCUAUCUAAAAUUAUUUAGCCAUGAAAUUGUCUUUGGUAGUCUUGAUGGAGAAUUCAUCCGGAUGGUUGAGAAGCUUUUGAACAGAUCAGCAGAGCUCCUGAUUACUCUCAUCCGAAAAGGACUAAUGGGCACAUGGACUCAGCCCAUAAUGAUAGGAGAGCUUCGACAGAUCGUACCAAUCUGUGUGGGCUUCCCAUUGGAAUUUGGAUUAUAUAGCAGUGGUGUGGUACAUGCAGCAGCCAAACUUAAUGGGCAGAUAUCUACCCCAAUGACUGGUGACUUCAAGCUUGACCACCUGCUUGAAAACAACAUGCAUCUUAGCGCUGAGAUGACCUCCAGUGUAUGUACUGAUUUGGUGGCAGUGAUGGGAAUCAACACACCAUAUUUCCAGAAUGGUCUUAAACUCCAUGUACAAUUCCAUACUGGCCUUCCAGUGAAUUUCGAUGUCAACAUUGACAUGGACAAGGAAAGCCUGACAUUUGAAACUAUCCCAGUUGAAACAGAGACGGAAUUAUUUGAUCUCAGGGCUAAACUUUAUGCUAUUUCAAGAAGUGUGGAUCUACCAAAUUCAGCUAAGAUCUUCCAGAUUUUUCCAGAAGUGGAAUCUGAUGUUCCGGAUCACAGCUUUAAAUUUUCAAAAGAAUAUGAUGUUGUGCAGCAAAGUAUGAAGUAUGAUUUUGCAUCAAAAAAGUUCAUUUCCAACCGUAAAGAACAGCUUCGCUACAUGGAAGGAAAAAUAUUAAAGCCACCUGCCUUUUAUUUCGAACUACCUGCUCUAGGAUAUCAGACAGUUCUUACUCUGAAACACUGUGAGGCUGUUUUCCUCAAAGAAAUGUAUCUACCGAAAAUUUUGGAAAUAUGUGAAAUCAAGCUCACUUUGGCACCAGUAGGUGCUGCAAGAAGCAAAAUACAGCUAGAAGUUCAAGCAGGAUCAAGAGCAGGUUCAGAAAUAAUCCAGCAGUGGGAGGGAGAUGCUGAGUCCUCUUCAUCAGAGGAACGAAAGGCUAAAAGGAAAAAGAAGAAAAUACAGAAGACUGAAAGAAAUGAACAACCCCAGUUUUUGAGACACAGUAAGGCAUCAUCAGGGCUGACUACUACUCUUAGCACCAUCCAGAAUGAUAGGAAACGCACAGUAUUCCAUCUGGUUCUACAUGAUGAACUACACUCCACUACACCUGCAGUACAAGUAUUUGUGUCACACUUAAAUGGAUCCAAAAGAAUGAAAAUCUGUGCUGAAGUUUCCAUUCUUGACUAUCAACAUGCCAAGGGUUACCUGAAAUGGGGCCAAGACUGCCAAGACUAUAAGAUUGAAGGAAAUAUUGCAUAUGGACAGUUUUCUGGUUAUCCGGCGAUGCAAAUUAAACUGGAAUGGCCCAGCAUUCCUCCACAAAUAGAAGAUGUGGCAAGGGAGCUUUUGACAUUUAUCCCAGGUACUGCCUAUAUGCUUGGAUGGUCUGAAGUGGAACAGAAGAAUCCUCCACAAGAAGCUUCUGUAGUGGUGGCUCUCAUGUCUCAAAGAACCUGUGAUCUUAUUCUCAGGUUACCUCAUGUUACAAUUUAUGACACAAACAUCAAGUUCCCAGUUUCACUUCCUGUGCGCCAACAUACAGAAGCUUUAGCUGUCCCAUCCCGUGCUUGGGAUUUUGUCUCUUAUCUGCCAACCUUGGUUGCUGAAAAUCUGAAAGGUCACUGUUCAGUAUCCGAAGACAGUGUCACAACUUUCAAUGGAGUGAAUUUUCAGUAUAUCAUGCCCACAAGUUCGUACCAUGUUUUAGCCUGGGACUGCAGCUCAGAAAUGAAGUUCCUGGUGAUUGCAAAGAAAGUGGAACAGCCCAGUCAUUUGAAAAUCAUCCAUGUCAAACUUGCAAAUCUUGAUGUUGACGUGCUUUCUUCAAAUGGUCACGUUCAAAUGCGGAUUAAUGGGACUGAAAUUCCGGAAGAGAAUCUCCCUUACGUUUCCACGUCAGGUGGAUAUAUCUUCAUCAACUGCGAUAAGAAUGGUUUCUUACUAAAAGCCCCAGAAAACGGCAUUGAAAAGCUUUUUUAUGAUGGAAACAAUUUAAAGAUUCAAGUACCUUUCUGGAUGAGUGGGAAAAAUUGUGGAAUUUGUGGAAGAUAUGAUGCUGAGUAUGAACAGGAAUACAAGAUGCCCAAUGGAAACAUAGCUGAAAAUGCAAAAAGCUUUGCCCAGUCUUGGGUGGUUCCAGAGGACUGGGUCACAGCAUUUGCUGCUAUUCCACAAUAAUGAAUAAAGGAGCACAGACCAGGAAUGGAAGCAUAUGGAAAAGAAGACGGACACUCACGAAGAGCUUGAUGUGACAUGGCAGAGAACUGGAGUGCCCCAGGGUUUUUAUUUCUGAGGCAGAUGUAGUUCUGAGAGCCCAUGGACGGAAUUAUUUCGAAAAGCUAUCGCCAUCAUUUGCCCCAUUUAAUGAUAAAUAUUCACUCUCCUUACAGCCAAUGCCUUGGAAAAUCUCUGUGAUAAAGACAUUCAGUAAAUAAUUUAAGCACAACAUAGCUGCAUAUUUUCUUUUGAAACAUUACAUUUCUCUUUUUUUAUGACGAAGAGCACAGGUCCUAGCAUUAAUGAACAAGCAUCCAUCCAAGGAAAUGAAAUUUUAGAAUAGAGAAGCACCGUCUAUUUCCAUCUUAGGUACCCCUGAUUUUCUUUUGCAAACAAAACGAAAACUAGAAAUCUCUUCUCCACGCUUGACUUGACAGUUGAUCACACGGGUAUAAACGUAGGCGCCUAAAUCGAGUUGUCCAUUAGAAGACAUACACACACACCUCCGAGGAGCAGAAGCCUGUGUCCGAGGAAACGUGGAGGUGGCCGGAGCGCUUGUUUAACUCCAGCUCGCUAUUGCACCAGGCUGAGGGCCUGAGGAAGUAGACUGGUUCAUGAAAGCUCACAUUAAAAUACAGCAGUCUUUGAGGUGCCACCACGUUUCUGUCUUUUAUAUGUGCUCUUUUGAUUUUUUUAAAAAAAUAUUUAUUUUGUUUUCACCGCUAAUGCUCGCACAGGCUAACAGGGCUCUCUCUUCCACAACGGCCACUGUUCAAAGCAAAGGGGCUUUCUUUCCCCAAAGGUUUAGGGAAAGGGCCCUCGCCCAGACAGACGCCAGGGAGGCAGAGAAUCACCGUCUGCCCGACAGGCCUGCUGCG